AUGACGACGGUAGGCAAUUUGAAACCUUUUGAUCCGGCAAUAGAUGAUAUAGAGGUAUGGACACGUACUUUUAAGGCAUUUCUAUUAGCGAAUAAUAUGGAAUACACGCCAAUAGUACCAGAAGAAGCAGAUGAAACAAAAAUACUCAUGUCGAGACGAUGUGUAGCAACCUUACUGUCCACGUUAGGUUUGUCAGUAGUAGGAACAUUAAUGUCUUUGCUCUCUCCAGCUCAACCGGAAGACAAGACACUUGACGAAUUAAUCACAAUUCUCAAGAUACACUACAAACCACCCCCAAAAGCACUAGCAGAAAGAUAUCGCUUCAUGGGUAGGAAACAAAAUCAAGGAGAAUCGGUGGCUCAAUUUCUAGCAGAAUUAAGACGCUUAGCGGCAAAUUGUAAGUUUGAUAACGAUCUCAACAUUCGGUUAAGAGAUCAGUUUGUAUUCGGCUUACGCAGUGAAGUAGCACAAAAACAGCUCUUCACGAAACCAGAUGAAGUUACACUGGAAGACGUGGUCGCAUUAGCUACAGCGCAGGAGCUCUCAGAACAAAGUCUGUCACUAGUCCGAGGAAAUACAAACGCUCAACAAAAAGAAGAAGUAAAUAAAGUAACAAAGAAUAUACCAGGUAAACAAUCAAAUAUUUCAAAAAAUAAUUCACAGUAUAAAGGAGGAGGAAAACCUACAUAUAAUCAAAAGUAUAAGAAAGAAUGUCAAAGAUGCGGUUCUACAGAUCACAAUGGUAUAAAAAAUUGUCCUCAUAAAGAAACAAAAUGUUAUGCAUGCGGAAAAUUUGGUCACUUAUCUUUUAAAUGUAGGAGUAGCGGACAAAAACAGUACUAUCCACAGUCGAAGAAACCACAGGCUAGUCAGAGUAAUAUGGUGGAUAUUAGAGCAACAGAAGUUUUAUCAACAAAUCAAAUGGAGAAAAAGAAAAUUUGGAUAACUUUGAAGAUCAACGGCAUUCCUCAUCAGAUGGAGAUAGACACAGGCUGUGAAAGAAGCAUGGUUUCAAAAGAAUUUUGGAAAACCCUAGGGAAACCUACUUUAUCAAAGUCAACGCUACAAUUCAAGACGUACACAAAUGAAAUUUUCCAUGCAAUAGGUGAGCUAAAUUGUAAGGUAAAGUACAACAAUGAAACAAUCGAACAUGUAUUUCCUGUGACACAUGGUUCAUCACUAUUUGGAAGAGAUUUAUUGCGUAAAAUUAAAAUAGAUUGGGCAGAUAUAGCCGCACAAUGUAACAAAAUCCAAGAAAAUUUAACGCUAGAAGGCAUUCUUAAAGAGUUUUCAGACAUAUUUGAGGAACCAAGGGGACGCAUAAAAAAAUUUAAAGCAAAAAUAGUUCUUAAGGAUGAUGCGACACCCAAAUUCAUGAAAUCUCGCCCUAUUCCGUACGCAAUCCAGGAGAAAGUAGAUCAAGAACUAGACCGUAUGGAAAAGUCUGGAAUAAUUGAACGAGUAGAUCACAGUGAGUGGGCAUCACCUUUGGUUGUAGUACCAAAGCCUAAUGGACGAGUAAGAAUCACAGGAGACUUUAAAAAUACAGUGAAUGCACAACUCCAUAUCACUCAAUAUCCAAUUGCCAGACCAGAGCAAAUUUUCAAUACAGUAGGUGGCAGUUCUAUAUACUCAAAAUUGGAUGGCAGCAACGCAUAUCAUCAAAUGGAAGUAGAAGAGGAGUGCAAGAAAUGUUUAGUAGUAAACACUCAUAGAGGACUGUACCGUUACAACGUCCUUCCACAAGGGAUAUCAUCGUCACCUGCUAUCUUUCAAGAAUUCUCAGACAAGAUGCUACAAGGUAUUCAGCGUACAGGUACUUAUAUCGAUGACACGAUCCUAGGUGACACAAAUGAAAGAGAACAUCUUCAAAAUUUGCGGAAGAUUUUUAAAAGGAUGCGUGAAUGUAAUUAUUAUGUAACAAAGGAGAAAUGUGAAUUUGGAAAAUCACACGUAGAAUUUCUAGGGCAUAUUCUUUCAAAAAGAGGUAUCCACACAGAUCCAAAUAAAGUGUCGGCAAUGGAGAUUAUACAACGUCCACAAAAUGUCACAGAAUUAAAAUCAUUCUUAGGACUGGUAAAUUUUUAUAAUAAGUUUGUUCCUAAUUUUGCAGAUAUAUGUGAACCUCUCUAUAGACUUACACGGGUAAACGAAAAAUGGAACUGGACAAGCAAAUGUGAAUCAGCUUUCAAUCGUGUAAAAAGCACUCUCGUUAGCGCCCCGAUGCUAAUGAAUUACAAUCCAGAUCUUCCCAUUGGAAUCAGUUGUGAUGCAUCAUCAAUUGGAAUAGGCAGUGUACUGUUCCAUAGAAUUCAAGAAGGAGGGAAGACAAUUGAAAAGCCAAUAGCAUUCACAUCACGAGUACUCUCAGCAGCGGAGAAAAAUUACUCACAAAUAGAGAAAGAAGGACUUGCCAUAAUUCACGCUUUGAAGAAAUUUUACCGAUAUUUGUGUGGUCGACAAUUUAUUUUGGUAACUGAUCACAAACCACUGGUACACAUCUUCAAUCCGAAGACAACAUUACAGCCAUAUGCAGCAGCACGACUUCAUCGUUGGAGUAUAUACAUGUCACAAUUUCAAUACGACAUUGAAUAUAGAUCGACACAUGAACAUGGCAACGCUGACAUACUAUCACGCUUUCCAGACAAAAAUACAUUAGGAGAAGAAGAGGAAGCAAAAGAAGUAAAUUUAAUCGCAGAAGAGAACAUGGAAAAAUUGCCAAUAACGUAUAAGGAAAUACGAAUUGCUACAGCAAGAGACAAGGUAUUAUCCAAGGUUCUAUCUUUCAUAAACAAUAAAUGGCCAGGAGCAAUAGAAAAAGAAGAGGAGGAACUACAGAGUUACUUCAAGAAACGAGAAGAAUUAACUACUCAUCAAGGAAUAAUAAUUUGGGGACUUCGAGUAAUCAUACCUAAAGUAUUAAGAGAAAAGUUACUCAAGAAUCUCCACGAAACACAUGCAGGAAUAGUGAGGAUGAAGGCAUUAGCAAGACAGUUCAUAUGGUGGCCAAAUAUGGACAAGGAGAUAGAAGAAUUAGCAAGAAGUUGUACCAAUUGUUGUUCAAAUAGGCCUGACCCUCCAAGUGCUCCUUUGCAUCCAUGGCAAUUUCCAGAGAAACCUUGGCAGAGGCUUCACAUUGAUUUAGCUGGACCGUUACAAAACAGAAUGUUUUUAAUCAUCAUGGACGCACAUACGAAAUGGCCGGAAGUAUAUGAUAUGAAAACAGAUACCACAAGUAAAAAGGUGAUAGAAAAGCUAAGAGACAGUUUUGUGAGAUUCGGUAUUCCGGAACAAAUAGUGUCAGAUAAUGGCAGACAGUUUAUAUCAGCUGAGUUUCAAAGAUUUUGCAAGAACAACGGAAUUAGACAUACAACAAGUUCUGUAUAUCACCCUCGUACUAACGGAGAGGCAGAACGCUUUGUACAGACAUUCAAAAAAGCAGUACAUAAUUCAGAAGGAGAUUUAACGUAUCGGAUUCAACGAUUUUUAUUUAAUUAUCGUUGCACGCCACAUUCGACGACAGGAGCAUCGCCAACGGAGUUACUUAUAGGACGAAGACCUAGAAGUUUACUGGACUUAGUUAAACCAGACGUAUUCAAAACAGUAGCGGCUGCUCAAGCAAGACAAGAAAAAAGUUAUAAUACUCGCGUCAAGAAUCGAAAAUUUGAGAAAGGAGAAGAAGUAUGGGUUCGUACAUUUUCAAGAAAUAAAGCUAAAUGGUCGCUAGGAACUAUUAUUAAAGCUUUGGGUCCAGUCACGUAUUUGGUUCGAGUCGGAGAUCAACACUACAAGCGUCAUGUAGAUCAGAUGUAUAAUGCCAUGCCGCUUCAACUUAAUUUUGAGAAAGCUCCAGAGAAUGAUGCUUUGUCAAGAAGACUUAUAAAAAAAGAGCCAGAUUCAGAUUCUACAUCUCCAGAGGGAAACGAAGAAGAAAGACCUGAAACAGCAGAGGAAGGAGCAGGUUCUUCAGAGUCAGAGCAAUCGAAUUCACGAGAACAUCCAGGACAGAACAGAAAUGAGAAUACUCCAUCAUGUGGCAGACCUCAGAGAACAAGGAAGCCGCCGGAUCGUCUCGAGUACAAGGCCAGGGGCACCCAAAAGGAAUACGGUUCAAAAUAA